AUGUCUCCUCCACACUCUACCUUGAGCGGUCGGUCAUGGUCGGCCGUCCUGCUUCUUAUCGUGUCCUUUCUCUCGCUCAUAGAUCUUACCCUCACCAACGACAACCUCUGGAUACAGACUACAAACAGCGCCGGGGAGACAAUUUGGCUGCGUGAUGACAGAAAGCCAGCGCUCUACACACAGGACUUCGGCGAUUGCCUGGGCGGCUCCUUGAUCAACGUUACGCGCUUCGAUGCUGCAUACUACCAGGAUAAUAUGACGGUGCUGUUCCAUCUGGAGGGGAAUACUAAUGUGGCCAACGAGAGUAUCAUGAUGUACAUUGGCGUUUUCGCGUACGGAGAGUCUCGCUUCGACCUCACCUUCAACCCCUGCAAUGCCCAGAUAUACAGUCUUUGUCCCAUGAAUAGCAGUGUCCCCAUCUCUGCUGAUGGCAUCAUCCCUGUCGACCAAUCCGACGUGUCUGGAAUCCCUGCGAUCGCUCUCGGAAUACCAGACUUCGAGGGUCAGGCUAUCCUUCGUAUCUUCGGCAAUUCUACCGAGACAGAAAUAGGAUGUUAUUCAGCAUUGGUUACGAACGGAGCAAGCUUUUCGCACCCUAGCUCAGUGGGUACCGUACUCGGUAUUUUCACAAUAGUGGCCAUAGUCGCAUCCUUGGCCACAGCAGUCUAUGGGGAUCACAUACCGACAAUGCGCACACACUACGCACAUUCACUCUCGGUAUUCGUAGUCUUCGCCGUCCUUCAUCAUAUUUAUUUUACUGGAGCUUUGUCAAUGAAUUGGCCAAGUGUGCUAGCCGCCUUCUGGAGCAAUUUCGCUUGGAGCGCUGGAAUGAUUUACAGCGAGUCAAUGCAGAAUAGCAUCAACCAGCUGAUCGGAUCCAACAAAGGCAACACCAGCAUCGUCGGAGCAGCAAGUUCAGGGGCCUCUGCAAAUGAUCUUGGUGGCGGCUAUUCGAUAUCCCAGAUUUACAAACGAGCAAGCCUUGAUAUUUCCCGCCGGUAUCUAGAGUCCCUCGAUCACCAAUGGAACAUGCUAAGGACCAGAGAGCUUGAAAGUCAUAUUGCCAAGCGGGCCGCCUCCAAUUCAUCCAGCGCUUCACCGUGGUACGGAAAUCCUAUUAAGCCAGGCUUACCGAUUCCGGGCAACUUUUCUGGCUUUGCGGGCACCUUGUCUGAGCAGGGCAUUCCAGCAUCGAACGCUUUCAUGACCGGCCUACUCUGGCUUCUGAUCCUCAUAGCCCUCAUUACUGCUUCAGUGGUUGCGUUCAAAUGGAUCCUCGAAGGAUUAGGCAAGGCGAAUCUUGUCAAGACGGAAAGACUUGCACACUUCAGAGAUCAUUGGCUUCUGUACGCUGCACAAGCCGCUCUCCGCACGAUGUUCACUGCGUUUUUUAUGAUGAUCUUCCUGACGCUAUUUGAAUUGACCUACAAAGGCUCCGCUGGCGUUACCGCUAUUGCCGCCCUGGUGUUCACCGUCUUUUUCGUGAGCAUGCUGGGCAUAGCUGGUUAUGCUUGCUUCUACCGCCUUCGAUUGGGCCGCUACGAAACAGUGCCGGACAGAGUGCACUUCCAAAAGAUUAAGGCGAUCGGUCCCAUUCCAUGGUAUGGGCUCAAGCUUGAGAGUCAUAGAUUCGAAAAAUCCGAACCAACCGUCUCCGCCGGAUCAGUACCAUGGUGGAGAAUUCGUUUUGUCAACGAAGACCCUCAGCGAGUUGGGGUCCACCAAGACAAAGACUACACCAUGCGCUUUGGUUGGCUAGCUGCACGCUUCCGGCGGACGAGGUGGUGGUUCUUUGUCGUUUGGUUGGUAUAUGAAUUUGUCCGAGCAUGCUUCUACGGAGGUGCUGCUGGCCAUGCAUUGACUCAAGUUUUCGGCCUGCUUGUGGUGGAGAUCAUCGCCUUGGUCGUCAUAGUCCUGAUGAGGCCUUUUGAGGGGGCUCGACUCAAUGCUCUGAUGGUUUAUCUCCUUGGAUUCAGCAAGGUUGCCACAGUUGCGCUUUCCGCAGCCUUUGAUGCUCGAUUCAACCUGCAACGCAUAACAACUACUGCCAUUGGUAUUGUAAUCAUCGUCAUACAAGGUGUCCUCGCCAUUGUAUUGAUGAUCGCAAUUGUCAUCGGCGCCAUAUCAAGCUACAUGUCUCUCACUCGCAACCAUGAGAACUUCAAGCCUCAGAAACUGGAAAAGAUUCGGCAACGCUACUUUGCUCACCUGGAGAAGACAGCUCCGGAUGUUCCCCCACCUCCCCCACCGCCUCCACCGCCUCCGGAAGAGCCCAAAGGGCCUUACUUUAACGUUACUUCUGUUCGUCGUGAGCCCAAGAUCGAGGAUGAAGAUGAAAACUACAUCGGAAGCAUCCAUAAUCCCCUCGGCUCUCGUGUCUCCGUUGCUCGCCCAGCCACUGCCCGGGCUAGCCGAGCAAAUAGUAUGCGGUCACAGCUCGAGAGCCCGUACACGAAUGCUCCGUUCGGAGCGCGCGUGCACCGGGCCAGCUGGAGUUCUCGCGAUUUCAAUGCACAUUACGACCCCAGCAACAACAAAGACUCUGCCCUUGACUACAGUACCCGUAGUUCCCGAAUCUGGAGUUCUUCGGGUAUUGAAACCAAGGCCAGCGAUGGAAGCUUAAGAGAAAGCUCGUCGCGAAGAGUGAAGACGCCCUUGAACAACGGUGAGGGCGGGUUGGAAGUUCGAAAAAGAUAUGGGAAGGAGAGAGACGAUGUCCUUACAGAGGAGAGGCACAGCGAAGAGCAGCUGGAUCCACGUGAUUGA